AUGGAUUCAUGUUUGCAUCUUCGCUUUUACCUAAUCAUGUGUAGCUUUAAUCUUGUCAUAUUAACUUACUCCUCUUCUACGCAACCAUUAUGCCAUGAAAAUGAGAGCAAAGCAUUGCUGCAGUUCAAGCAUAAUUUUGUCAUCGACAAGUUUGCUUCUGUUGACCCUUCUGCUUAUCCAAAACUUGAAUCAUGGAAGCUACUUGAUGGAAAGAGCAACGGUUGCUGCUCAUGGGAUGGUGUCAAGUGUGACCAAGACACCGGUCAUGUGAUUGGCCUCGACCUUAGUAGUAGCUUUCUCCUCGGUUCUAUCAACUCCAACAGCAGUCUAUUCACCCUUGCCCACCUUCAUAGCCUAAACCUUGCCGAUAAUGAGUUCAAUUUCUCCGAAAUACCAUCCAGAAUUGGACAUCUUUUGAGGCUGACAAGUCUCAAUCUAUCCAAAUCUGAAUUUUUCGGUAAAAUCCCAUCCUGGUUCACGAACCUCACCCAAUUAACAUUUGUAGAUCUUUCACAAAAUCACUUCCAUGGCACGAUUCCUAGAUCAAUCACUCAACUCAAGCGUCUUGAUUUUUUGAGUCUUCGUUCUAAUAGCUUCAAUGGUAUUGUCGAGCUAGACAUGUUUAUGAAACUCCCAAACCUGGUCUCGUUGCUAUUAGGGAGAAACAAUCUUACAGUGCUCGACAAAAAUAGUACCAAUGGUACUCUUCCAAAGCUUGAUAUUCUAGACUUGGAAUCAUGCAACUUAGUCGGCUUCCCUAGCAUCCUAAGAUUUCAAGAUGAAUUGCAGGCGUUAAGUUUAAAAAAUAACAUAAUUCGAGGCGAAAUACCAAUAUGGAUGUGGAACUCGAGUAAAGAAACAAUGGAAUAUGUCGACUUUGGCCAUAACUUUCUGACAGGCUUCGAGCAGCAGCCAGCUGUCAUCCCAUGGCGUUUUCUAAUAGCUUUCAUCCUCGGCUCUAACAAGCUUCAAGGAUCACUUCCUGUUCCACCACCAAGCACUGUUAUUGAUAAAGUCCGCGAGAACGCAUUGACCGGAGCAAUUCCACCGUUAAUGUGCCAUAUGAAUUCUCUUCGUAUGGUUGAUUUGUCCAACAACAAUUUAAAUGGCACAAUACCUCCAUGUUUGGCCAGUUCUAGUAAGGAUCUUCACGUGUUGAAUCUGAGUGGCAAUAGUUUCCAAGGAAGUAUUCCUUCAACAUUCACAAUGAAUUGCCAACUGUUGAUGAUCGAUUUAGGUCGAAAUCAACUACAGGGGCCGGUGCCAAGAUCAUUGGCAAAUUGCGCAAUGCUGGAAUGUCUUGUUCUUCAAAAUAAUCAGAUUGAGGAUACUUUUCCCUCUUGGUUGGGAGCUCUUCCUAAGUUAGAGCUUCUUAUUUUGGGAUCAAACAAAUUCCACGGCAACAUAGGGGAUCCAGAAAACAAUUCAAUGUUUCCAAAGUUGCGGAUAAUUGACAUCUCUUGCAAUGGCUUUUCAGGUAAUUUGCCAACAGAAUACAUUCGUAACUGGAAUGGAAUGAAAAUGAUCAACAAAGUCAAUUCGAGAUAUAUGCAUGCAAAUCCGAAAAUAAAAUUCGAGCUACGUGCCGGUCCAACUACUCAUAUGGCACAAUCCUAUUCAGUUGUGUGGAGCUACGAUUACUCAAUGAGAGUGGUCAGCAAAGGGACAGACAGGUUAUACGAGAGGAUUCAAAGUGCCUUGGUGGUGGUUGAUCUCUCAAACAACACAUUCAUUGGGGAUAUCCCAAAAUCCUUUGGAAGUCUCAGUAGGCUUCAAUUGCUAAACAUUUCCAACAACAAACUUAGUGGCGCUAUCCCAUCAUCAUUGGCAAAAUUGACAGAAUUGGAGUCGUUGGACCUAUCCAAAAACUUUCUCGCAGGACAGAUCCCCUGGCAAUUGACCCAACUCACUUUCCUUUCAAUCUUAAAUGUUUCUCAUAAUCGACUCAUUGGCCCUAUACCUCAAGGGAGACAGUUUGAUACAUUCGAAAAUAGUUCAUAUGAGAAGAAUUUGGGAUUGUGUGGUGUCCCAUUGUCGAAGUCAUCCAGAAAUUCGAUGACCUCACCACCACCUCCGCCUAUAUUUAAAGUUCACGAUUUUGAGCUUCCGAGAGGAAUUUAUUGGAUGGUCAUAGCCUUGGGAUAUGGAAGUGGGCUAGUAGUUGGGUUAGCUAUUGGGACAACUAUGACGAGGAGGUAUCACGAAUGGUUUGUUGACACCUUCGGGAAGGGGAAGAAAUUUCAAAAGAAGCAGAAAAGCAAGGGCCGAAGACCUCAUACCACUUUUGUGCUUGAGCUCCCAUCUUGGCUAGAGGUUAUGUUAAUAAAAGGGUCCGGUAUGCAGGCCGAGACCCGCGAAGGAUGGGAUAGUCCCGAGAAGACACUCAACGAGGGCAACGGAAGUCACUCGACGUUGCUAAUCGCGAAAGACACUCACGCGACCAAGUCACACACUUGA